AUGGCUCGAUUUUCGAUCCCCACCAAACGGUCUCUGUCUUCAGAUGUUCGACUUCCGACUUCCAGUGCCGCAGUCCAGAAAGCUCUGACCAGGCUUUCACGCCCGUCUCUUCUCACGCUGGCUUUGGAUUGGAUCAGCGAUGAGAAUGUCUCCUUAUGCGUACCGCUUUUAGGCGACGAUGUUGAUGAGGACGGGUUAUACCAGCCAGCCACGUCACUCGAUGAACUGCGCGCUAUCUACAAAGAUUGGCAAUGCAGGAACGGUUCCAAGAGGGAGGUUCUCGACCGGGUGACAGACGGCGAUUGGCAGCAUGGCCUAACUCUGUAUCAACUAGCCAUGGCAGACGCACAGUACCUUCAGGAUCACCCUUCUUCGCAGAGAUGGACUGCCUAUCGCAUUUUGCCUCUUAAGGACAUCUCUACCACGGACGACGAGCAGCGUCCCCCCGACCUGGAUAGAGAGUCAUUGAAACUACCACGCUUUCAUCCCUCGACCUUCAUACAAAACCUUCAAUCUCACGUCUUACCAGAUGUCAAAGCUCAUUAUCAUAUCCAUCGACCGCAGGGCCUCGCCAUGUCAGUCUUGCGCAUUUUCAUCAUCGAAUCCCCCUACAACACUAGCAUGGCCCACCCUGGAGAUAGUCUCGCGCCCCCGGACUCCGAUGUUGAUUGCUCGAGGACACUCUACAUGGCAUUCCCAGAUGCUUCACACUACAUUUACUUGUCAAAAUCCCAGACCAUAGGGUCGCUCGGCGCAGCAGAGUCCAAAAGCUUCCGCAACCUAGUUAUUGAGGGGAUUCCCAAGGCGUUGUCUCGGCCACGAGAGAGGUACAUGCUAAAACCCACAAACAUCUCGACCAAGAAUAUUUCGGCCCUCCUACAUGCAAGAGGUGUUGGUCGUGCAAACUCGGCUGGCGGCGGAUGGAAUGUCUAUGCCGACAAAAAGAAGAACGAGUCACCGCUUGACAACACGCUGCCCACUCCGCCGUUGUCUGAAGAAUCGUCCGACGAAAGCUCGAACCCAACGAAAAGGAAGGCUAACAAGAGGAACGGUGACGCUCUCUAUGACAGUCACUGUUCAUUGAAACGGGCUCGGCUUUGCGCUCAGGCGAGGUUCGGUAGCACUGCCAGGUUGGAUGACGGAUUGGGUAUCGAGCGCGUGGAUGUUGCCAUCGAAGACCCUUUUCCCAUCCGACGAAUAUAUGGUCUGGAUGACGAGGAAAUGGGUAGCCAUGUCUCAGACAGUGAAGAAUCGGGUUGGAUUCCCAAGGUGAAAGUCAUUAUGUAUGGGGCCCACGUGUUCGCUGGUGUGCGACGGCUGGUUGAGAACGGUAUUAUAGAGGGACAGCGGAUGCCGGGAUGGUUGACAGGCGAAGAAGGAGUCACCAUUGGGGCUGUGCGCCACGGAAGAAUCAGAGGGCACAGAGGAUCUGGAUUAUAA